AUGAAUGCUGAUCUUCCUGAAGGGGAAACGGGUCUAGACAACUCCGUCUACUUAUUGGACCUGUCUCGAUGCACUGAUUAUGAGGAUAUUCUACCCAGGGAUAACUAUAACUCACCGUUCUACAUUAACGUGCCAGUCCCGGAUCCUUUACAUGACAAAAAUUUAGGUGGAGCUAGUGACUUGAAUCCUUCCAAGGGCCAUCCAAUACCGAUAUUUGUGGAUCGGUUUCAGAAGUGGCGAAAAAUCCUCAAAUCCCUCAUAGACUACUUCAGGGAAGUUGCCCACGCCCAUGAGGAAUACGCCAAAAUUAAUUCCCAUUUGAAGUCAUCAGUCAAAUUUUCUUUGCUUGCUGAUAUAGAUGGCAGUUCAAAUUCCGUCACAUCGCCAAGUGCUGCUCCGACUUCUUUUACCCCAUCGGCGGCUGCGAAAAACGGACGUGAUGGAUACUUCCAAGAUGUCGACAGCAAUGGAUUUGUUGGUUAUGGUUCAGGAUCUGUGCAAGAUAUUCAAGUCUUAUUGAAAAGGCACCACGCAGCUCUUGCAAAUGAGCAGCUUAGAAUAUCAAAGGAGUUAUUAACAGUUAUUAUUCCUAAAAUGGAGGACUUAAGAAGAGAUUUGCAAGGGAAAAUCAAGGAGAUCAGAGAAUUGGCUCGUGAUUUUAAGACAAAUAUUCAUGAACAUGUUGCACUGACAGGUCAGUUGUUGCGAAAGUAUAUUGCUUCCGUGAACUUUCUUACUGAAAGUGGUGAUGGAACUUUGCUUAAGGCAAAGCAUGACCCGUAUUUGCUAAAAUUACAACUUGAUUUGCAGCUAAAAAGACAAUUACAGGAGGAUAACUGUCUACAUGAAGCUUAUAUCAACUUACAGUCUUCUGGUAUGGCGCUAGAAAGGAUUGUGUAUGAACAGAUACAACAGGUUUUGGAAAAAUAUGCAUCGUGCUUGGAAUCUGAAUCCUGCGUGGUGCUAAAAACUUUGUCUGAGGAACUUGGCAAUGGUAUACUUUCUAAGUCACCUACUUUGGAAUGGGAUGAAUUUGUAAAUCGCAAUACCGAUUCUCUGUUGAAUUGGAAAUCUUCUGACCCAGUCCCUGAACCAAGAAAGCUCUCUAGCAUUAGAUAUCCAAAUAUGAAGUCGCCGUUGGCGAAAUGCAUCCGAGCAGGAUACUUGAGCAAGAAGUCAAAGUAUCUCAAGAAUUACAAUAGAGGGUAUUUUGUGUUAACUAGUAACUAUUUGCACGAAUUCAAGUCCAGUGAAUUCAUCAAGGUACUUUGUGAGAAUGAUGAUAUUGCGUCUUUGAAAAACGUAAACCUCACUCCGUUGAUUAGCAUUCCAUUAAACGAUUCCGUGCUGGUGGAAGCUCAACCAGAUAAGUUUAUUCUUUCUGGUAUGUUUACCUCUAAUGAUUCACAGGAUUCAAUACAGGAAGAAUCGUUAUACUCAAUUUCAAGCGCCUCCACUCAUUCUAGUACAGGAAAGCCUGGCUCUGGUUUUGGUAAACUGUUGAAACCUCUUUCCACAACAGUUACCAAACUCACAACAGCUACCUUACAGCAACAUGGCGCAGAUUACAGUAAACACAAUACGUGGACCUUUAAACCUGUAAACGACCAAUCCCUUAAAGAAUUCAGGAAAUGGUCCAAUGAAUUAAAACUCUUCUCCAAUUUCAACACUACAUUAGAGAGAGCGAAGUAUAUUGAAGAGAAGUUGAUGAUAACAAGUGCUCGCAACUACAUUACUGCACCAACGAUAAAAAUAAAUGCACCUACUUCUCCAACUGAAACUACUGGAUUCUCUGAAUCUACUGAAAGCUUUAAGAAACCACAAAAAAUCGAUAUCAGCGGCACUGGCGGUGUCAUCGAUAUGUUAAGCAUGAAAUCACUUGUUAAUACCCCCGCCAUAGAUGAUAACGGGAACUUGAUUAUGGCUGGAGAUAUUCAAAGUACCCCAGGCCCACCUAUGGCAUCUCCAGCUGGCUCCUUCUCUUCCGCUUCGACAGGAAGUAAUGUGACUCUCAGCAAGUCUCUUCAACUGCCUCACCGUUCAGGCGCUUCAACUUCCACCCAUAGAAGCCUCGACGCAUUAGCAGGGGCUGGCGGCUAUUUUGCAAUUCCUAUUAAUAGGCAAUCGUCUUCCACCGAACUUUCAAGCAUGUCAAAAACACUUGUUCCGCCUACCGUAUCACAGCCUGAGAAAGAAAGGAGUGCCCUCCGGCCACCUAUGCUUGACAACCAUUUAAGUAGUCCUUCCAUCGACACCUUGCAACGGCCGUUCAAGCACAAAAAGAACUCAUCUUUUCAUUCUCUAACUAAGAUGUUUUCGAAAUAG